AUGUCGUCCCCUCAUCCUCCUUCUCCCGCUUCCCCUCCUACCCCCUCGUCUCCGUCCAAGCCCCUCCCGAUAAAACCUUUCCCGCCUCGUUCAGCCUCACCACCACCUCCACCUCGGAAAAACGCAGCUGGACUCCCUCCGACCUACUUGCGCCAUCUGCGUGGACUACUUCACCAAUGGCUUGAACAGCAGGUCCAAGCAGACAGGAAUACUGGAUUACCUGCUGGGAGGAAGAACGAUUUUGUCGAGGAAGAACGUCUGUGGUCAGAAGGUAAGGUGAAGGUUCUGGAAAAGGCGAUAUGGGAAGGGGCUAUUGUACCUCGGAUAACCCGAGAGAAUGGAAGGAAGGGAAGAGCGUUACUGGAGUUGGAUUGGGCAGAAUAUACCAGAGGUGCAACCAAGCGAAAGGCUGUCUGGAAGGCAAGUCAAGAAAAGAAGAUCUUAGCCGAAGAUAUACCAGACAAUCUCAGAUCAGAGGGGAGUAGAAAAGGUGCCAAGAGUGGAAAACAGAGUCGCAAAGGUUCGGUGAACGAGUUUGACCCGUCUGGGAAAGGCAGAUUGACCAUUCCUGGUUCUCCUCUUCCUCCUUCCCUUACAUCAUCGACACCUUCUCGAAGUACCAGUCGUCCAUCAUCGGUCGCAUCGAGUUCUCAUUCCACCAAUAUAAUCCCAGAUCCCUCUACAUCUUUUCGCCCCAUCGAUCACAGGAAAGGAAAUGACGAAGAUGCGGAUGACGAAGAUGAGCAGCGAAGAGAAUGGUGCCAGGUUAUUAGUGGUAUGAAGGGGUAUGUCAGACUGUCUUUGCCAAAGAAAGAUGAGUGGGAAGUUGUGGAACACGACUUCCCAAAAUAUGGUACUAUCCAGCGCGAUGUGCCUGGUGCUUUCCCGCAAUCUUCAAUACACGAGUGUCGGUCUUCCGAAGACAGAUUACAUCUCACCGCUUCAUCAUCCAGAACUCGUUUUUCUGACCUCGGUCUACCUACUCCUGCUUCGUUACCGGAUCAACCUCGUCUCGACACUGAGUUACUCAAACCAGUGUUCUGUCUUCACUUUCCAUCACCGACACGUCAAGAGGCCAGCAGUAGCACCUUGCGGCUAAAACGGGAUAACUCUCUGAGCAAGAAAUCUGUGUCAAGCAUUGACUCGGAUGGAGGAAAUAAGAAAUGGUGGAGUGGAUCAGGUGGGAGAUGGAGUGAGAUGACUAUCGGACCCAAAACAGAGGUCAAAACGGAGUUCCAGCCUGAAGUUGAUUUCGUAGAAGGUCAAUUCGCCUUGCCAUCUCAUGGCAUCAGUAGCGGAGCCUGGAGGCAGGGUACGCUGAAAAGGCCAAGCAAGAAGAGAAUAAGUAUCUUUCAUUCAUUCAAUGGUUCACCGGAAUCUUCAACUUCCUUACGCGAUGAUUCGACCAAUGCAACGUCAGAUGCGGAAACCGAAACAGACCGAUCCGCUACUGAAGGGACGGAAGCUGGCCAUUCUUCGACUUGGUCUGGUACAGAGAAAGAUCAUGAAACGUCUGAUAGAGGAGCUUUAUCAUUGGUCAUAUCUGGUCUGGAAGAUGACAUACCAAGAAAAGAAGCAGAACAAGGCGAAAUUGGUUUAGUUGGAGGAACAUUGGUGGUGAGAGGGUUGCAAAACGAAGAUGAGAAAUUUGCCUUGCAGAAGGUCUUACAGCUUGUGAUGUAUACCAUACAAAGUAUGAUGGUGGAGCUCGAGCUCCUGAACGCCUUUCGAAUACCUCGAGAGCUAGACGAACCACCUCUGCCUCCCAAACCCUCCUUGGGCAUCGCUUCGGUCCCUCACUCUCCAACAAGACCUCGAGGAUCUGGCGACUUGCAUCGCAAAGGUUCGCUCCAGGAGAGAGGGGGGAAAUCGAAAGGAUUCUUCCACCGCUUAGGGAAAGAUACAAAACAUGUAUGGGAUGGUUUGAUGGGCAAACGACGCUCUUCCGAGUCUCAUGAACCGCUGCACUUAUUGGCUCCAAAUAGCGACCCACCUCCCGAACUGCCCAUAACACCUCUGUCUGGGAGUAUCUCAAUUUCACAAGAGAGUGCCAUACCUAAUUCAGCAAAUACCUCCACUGCAGGCUUACCAGCGAUAACAACUAUGCAGCACCCAACAGAGAGAUAUCUCAUUGUUCUUUCUAAGCUCGAACAACAGAUACAUUCCACUACCCCUGGCAUGACGCUUCCAAUGCCACCCCUUCUCCUACGAGUUCGAGAGGAAAAUAGGCUUAGACGAGAAAAGGCAAAAGAAGAGGCUGAAGAAGAAGGUAGCCAGGUGGUCGAUGAACUCCCUCCUUCCAGCCCGUCCAUUUUCUCCCCUAGCAAACUUCUGAAUAAUAACAGCAAACCGGUGGAUCCGCUACGCGGACGGGCGAUGAAUUACAGGCUGGGUGGAGAUGUUAGAGCCGGUCUGGGAGCUCUGUCAAGUGAUAUCGAUGGUCUCGAAGGUUGGAUUCGGCUGCAAAGACUGGAAGUCCUUCGUUCGAUAGGGCUGGACCUCACGAUGGAAAAUGGAGAAACAGAGGUACACAUCUGUCAGACGCCUACCUCUUCGACGUAUUUACUCUGGGAUACGGAACGAGACAAGACGAUUCAACAGAUUUUAGACGAAUUGCAAGAGGAGUUAGCGGAAGAGAAUAUGGUUUGUCCCAGACCGGGAUGUACAGCUACUUCAGGGGAGCAUGUCAGGUGGUGGAUACAUUCUGGAAAGAAAGUCACACUGAAAAUCGAGAGUAUGGAGAAACAGGAUAUUGAAGAAGAAGGCAUAGAUGUGUGGACCAAAUGUGGAAAAUGUAGUAGGAUUGGUAAAUCGAGAGAAUUGAGUUGGAACGCCAAAUCACACUCGUGGGGAAAGCUUUUAGAAAUCCUUAUCUACACCGAAAUCCUCCAUCCUUCGACCGACUGCUCUCAUAGCACGUCUAGCUCUUACUACUUCCGCACCUCCAGGCUCGUCAUCUCUUUGAAGGUCGAAUCGAUAUCCAUCCUUGAUACUCGUCUACCUAAACUGCAAGUGGGACCGAAUGUUACCAAGAGAAAAGGAGGGAAAGAAUCCGUGUCUACAACGAUGACAGGUAUCCUUCGCAAAGAGGUAGCGCAGAGAACGGUAGAAAUUCUACACAAUGAGAUCACCGAGUAUUUUGAGGCUGUUGAGCGACAAAUUGACACGCUUGUGAGUCAAAUCUCCGCGCAGCGGUCUCCGGGAGCGGUGGUCAACGAAAAGAAUACCGAAUUGGAUGAUUUGUCAACAUCUGUCAGCAAAUCGAAAGCCGACCUGCUGCAAAUUUUGUCAGAGACCGAACCCAGUCAAGUCAACGACACACGCAGGCGAUUCUCCCAGAAGAUCAACGAUAGCAGAAUGAUGUUAUUUGACUGGCAGAAGAAGUAUGCAGGAGCAGCAGAUACAAAGAACGACCUGGCAAAAUGUGAGCCGGAGUAUGCGAAAGAGAGAGGGACUUUUGCGUUACCUGGUAGUUCCGUCAUAGUCAGGGUUGAUGAACCGGCGUCUAUCAUUGCUUACACCCUUUCGUCAUUGAUCUACUUCACCGAGCUUACGAGUACUGCUAAAUCCAUUGCGGCUCAAUCAGAUGAUGGCCUAUCGACCUCUGCAGCUGUCAAGAGUGAAGCACCUGUAGCCGAGAAGAGCAAAUCUGCCACAGGCGCUACCGAAGAUACCUGGUCUGUCGAAGUCAAGCGGCGCGACACGCCGCGAGACCUGCUGAGUUUACGGACCAUCACCAAAAAGAAGUCUGAUAUCCAACUGCCCCAGCCUCCGAAGCCGCCAUUAGGUCUUUCACUCGCUCCGAACGCCCCUUCGUUGGAGCUCUCAUUGGAACAGGUUGAAGGGAAAACGCAGUCAUCUGACCGAUUAGGUGAACUAGUGAAGACGAUCAGUAAAGCUACUGCUCAAGAUCCGACCCUCACGAUAAGCUCGCCAUCCGGUGUAGCAAAAGCUCUUGCUGCAGCAGAGUCGGAUACCGAUGCAAUGCCUCGAGUUCGAUCAUCACCUAGAGGCAUGCGUAGGUUGAUGGGUGAUACCGAUCGACCAGCCCCACCAUCGGCUUUCCGACCUACCACUCCUCGAAGCGUGUCCAGCACCUCCAUCCCACCCUCAACUCCUACCUCAUCACAUCUGGUCCCGUCCGCUUCAGCACAGACUCCUGGCCAUAACCAAAAAGAAGGAUGGGGUUCUGUCACUUCGUCAUUCAGUAACUCUUUCAAUCAGCUACUGAGACUUGGUAGUGAUGUCGGCGAGUCUAUCGGUUCUAUCAGGGUAAAGGGUACCGACAGAUCUCUUUCAUCUUUGAUUGGACUGUUGGGCAUGCUAUCGACUAUCGACAAUCCAUUAUCUUCCAUAGAUGAUAGACCACAUAUCCAAUUUUCUUAUACACUGGGAGAUUGCCUGAGAUUAGGAUGUACUGUCUACUAUGCGACGGCGUUUGACACUCUUAGAAGGAGAUGCGCAAUCGAUAGGAGCUUGAUUCAAAGUUUGAGUAGAACGAACGCUUGGGAUGCUCAAGGUGGAAAGAGCAAGGCUGCAUUCUUCAUGACCACUGAUAAAAGGUAUAUCGUCAAGGAGCUGGUGACCAAGUGGAAUGUCAGUGAUAUGCAUGCUUUGUUGGAUAUUGCGCCUCAGUAUUUCGAUCAUCUCGCCGGGACGCAUAACAAAGCUACUUCUUUGGCUAAAAUAGUUGGCUUCUAUACUGUGAAAAUUAAUGAUCUAAAAUCUGGAACGAGACGUCAGAUGGAUCUGUUGGUGAUGGAGAAUCUGUUUUACAAGCAAAGUAUCUCUAGGACAUAUGACCUCAAAGGUAUAGAAGGUAGAAGAGUGAACAAAACGUCCAGAGGCGAAGCAGACACUAAGAUCGAGAUUAAACCUGAGAUGACACUUUUCGAUGGAGAAUGGUUGGAAGGAUUACAAAAAGACUUGGUAUUACUUCAACCUCACGCUAAGAGGAUACUUCAAGAAGCCAUAUCGCUAGAUACAAAAUUCCUCUCUUCGCAAUCGAUUAUGGAUUACUCACUGCUUAUAGGCAUGGACGAAGGGAAACAUGAGUUGGUGGUGGGAUUGGUUGAUGCCAUUGGGAGUUAUAAUCUGUUCAAGAAUAUUGAAAGUCGAGGGAAAUUAGCGCUGAAUAGAGGUGGAGAAGUGACUAUAAUUCCACCCGAUCAAUAUCGCGAUAGAUUCGAGAAUGCUCUCAAGCAUUACUUCAUCGCUUGUCCCGAUAAAUGGUCAAAACCUUCUCGGAGAAGUGGAAUGAAGAAAUUUGAUGGUUUACCAUCAGUGCUGUAG